AUGUCGUUGCCCGCCGAACCUCGAUCCUGGUAUAGGAAGGGGUUUAUCGUGUCCACAGACAAGAAACUCCUAUCCAUCCCGGCCAUCAACCACGCGUUCGACCAGAAGUUUAUGUACUGGGUUCGGCCAGUCCCGGAUGAUAUACUCCAGAAAAUUGUCGAUAAUUCAUUCUGCUUUGGUCUAUACGAACUUGUCGACGGUAAAGAUAGCCUCAGUGAGUCAAAUUACUACGCAAGCGAAGCCUGCACUACGUUGCAAACGGAGGACCUCACGCAGGUUGGGUUCGCUCGCCUAGUCACCGACAACAUCACCUUUGCAUAUUUCACGGACCUCUACGUCCUUCCAAAAUAUCAGGGUCUUGGCUUGGGAGGUUGGAUUAUUGAUUGCAUCGAAGAAUUAUUGAAGGACUUGCCGUACUUGCGGUGGGUUAUACUCAGGACUUCCUUAGAGAAGAGCCAGCAGUCUUAUGAGAAGAGACUUGGGAUGGCUGUUCUCAAAUCUGGCGAUAUCAGCGAAGGGCCGGUUAUGAUGGGGAGAAAGGGAAAGGCGGGUUAG